AUGGAUAGACGCACCCCCUAUACUUUGAGUGUACUUGCGCCAAGUACAAAUGGCGCUGAUGAAGACCGCACAACUAUACAGAACCGCCUGCGUGAUUUCGUGCUGGAAUUCCAGCUGGAUAAUGCAUUUGUCUACCGUGAUCAAUUACGGCAGAAUGCCGUGGUGAAACAGUACUACUGCGAUAUUGACAUUGCCCAUCUUAUUUCUUACAAUGAGGAGUUGGCCCACAGACUCACCACCGAACCUGGUGAACUGAUUCCUCUCUUUGAGGCAGCACUCAAGCAGUGCACUGCUCGAAUUGUCUACCCAGGACAGCGCGAUAUCGUACUUCCCUCCCAUCAACUCCUCCUUCACUCCUCCGCAUCACACAUCUCAAUCCGUGACCUCAAUGCCACCAAUAUUUCCCACCUCGUUCGCAUUCCUGGAAUUGUGAUCGGAGCUUCCACUAUAUCUUCUAAGUCAACACUUGUUCACAUUCGCUGCAAGAACUGCGAUUACAAUGAGAACAUUACGGUCGAUGGUGGCUUCGCUGGCCUAUCACUGCCACGUCGCUGUGGUCGGCCUAGGCAAGAGAAUGACCAAGACAAUGAGCAGUGCCCCUUGGAUCCCUAUGUUGUUCACCACGAGAAAUGUCAAUUCGUGGAUCAGCAAGUCCUCAAGCUUCAGGAAGCCCCCGACCAGGUCCCAGUGGGUGAGCUACCACGACACGUGCUUAUUUCUGCAGACCGCUACCUUGCCAAUCGAGUUGUUCCUGGCUCUCGUUGCACAGUCAUGGGCAUUUUCUCGAUUUAUCAAGCCAAGGGGGUCAAAAAGGAGGCCGCAGUGGCUAUCCGCAACCCCUAUCUCCGUGCAGUGGGCAUCACCUCCGACCUCGACCAGACAGCAAAGGGCGCCUCGGUCUUCUCCGAGGAAGAAGAACAAGAAUUCCUGGAGCUUAGCCGGAGACCUGAUUUGUACGACGCCCUGGCGCGGAGCAUUGCCCCGUCUAUCUAUGGAAACCUGGAUAUGAAGAAAGCUAUUGUCUGCUUGCUUAUGGGUGGUUCCAAGAAGAUUCUUCCCGAUGGAAUGAAGCUCCGUGGAGAUAUUAACGUGCUUAUGCUGGGUGACCCCGGUACAGCCAAGUCUCAACUUCUGAAGUUCGUCGAGAAGGCUGCACCCAUCGCCAUCUACACUUCCGGAAAGGGUUCCUCUGCCGCUGGUUUGACAGCUUCUGUGCAGCGAGACCACAACACUCGCGAGUUCUAUCUCGAAGGCGGUGCCAUGGUCCUGGCUGAUGGUGGCGUUGUAUGUAUUGAUGAGUUCGAUAAGAUGCGUGACGAGGACCGUGUGGCCAUUCACGAAGCCAUGGAACAGCAGACCAUCUCCAUCGCAAAGGCUGGUAUCACCACUAUUCUCAAUUCGAGAACUUCUGUCCUGGCUGCAGCCAACCCCGUUUUCGGUCGGUACGAUGAUCUCAAGACCCCUGGCGAAAACAUCGAUUUCCAGACCACUAUCCUGUCUCGUUUCGAUAUGAUCUUCAUUGUCCGCGAUGAACAUGAGCGGGGCCGAGACGAGAGGAUCGCCCGUCACGUCAUGGGCGUCCACAUGGGUGGUCGUGGAGUGGAGGAGCAAGUGGAGGCCGAAAUUCCAGUCGAGCAGAUGAAGCGCUACAUCAGCUACUGUCGCAGUCGCUGUGCGCCUCGUCUCUCCCCCGAAGCUGCAGAGAAACUUUCUUCGCACUUCGUCUCUAUCCGAAAGCAAGUCCACCGUGCCGAGAUGGAGUCCAAUACCCGUUCAUCCAUCCCUAUCACCGUGCGUCAACUCGAGGCCAUUGUCCGUAUCUCUGAAUCCCUCGCCAAGCUUUCUCUCUCCCCGAUUGCCACCGAAGCCCACGUGGACGAGGCCAUCCGUCUGUUCCUAGCAUCCACAAUGGACGCGAUUACUCAGGGCGAAGGUCAAGGCAGCAAGGAACUCAUGGAUGCAGCCAGCGAGAUCGAGGAUGAGUUGAAGCGUCGCCUACCCAUUGGCUGGAGCACAAGCCUGGCGACCCUGCGCCGUGACUUCGUCGAAGCCAAGGGGAAGUCUGAGCAAGCCCUCAAUCGGGCAUUGGGAGUCUUGCAGCGACGUGAUACCAUUCAGAUCCGCUCUGGUGGAUCCCAAAUCUACCGUUGUGGAGUUUGA